AUGGCGUCUUCGACACGCCUUGAAAGUGUCGACACACUUUUCCCCAGGCUGGUUUCGUGGAGCAAGGUGAAGCGAGAGCAUGAUGAUGACGUGGAAGAUCGGCGGGAUGACGCGAAACGUCAAAACACCCGCGAUACAGAGGAAGUGCGGGCGUUGGAGUCGACGCUGCGGUUCCUGGUGUCGAACAACUUUGCGGGGUCGGUGAUCGGCAAGGCGGGGCAGGUGAUAUCGGAGUUCCAGGUGCAGUCGGGCGCCAAGAUCGUCAUGUCGCGCGCGCACGAGUUCUUCCCCGGCACCGCGGACCGCAUCGUGCUCAUCAGCGGCACCGUCAGCGCCAUCCUCACGGCGCUGCACCUCAUCCUCUCCAAGCUCGCCGACGAUCCGCGGCGCGUGGAGACGGCGCGCGAGGGCGAGCUGGACCUGCUGCGCAUCGUGGUGCCGCACCGCGUGUGCGGCGCCAUCAUCGGCAAAGCUGGCGCCACCAUCCGGUCGUUCGUGGAGGACUCGCAGGCGACCAUCAAGCUGUCGUCGCAGGACACUGCUGGCCCAGGGUUCGCAGAGAGGCUCAUCACGAUAGGGGGCACGCUGGAGCAGAAGCUGCGCGCGGUGGCGCUGCUGCUCACCAAGAUGUCGGAAGACCCCACCUACGUGCAGUACGCUGACGUGCCGCUCUCCUACACCGCCACGUGCCCCUCUCCUACACCGGUGAGCCACCUGCCCCGCUCCUACGUGGAUACAUAUCUCCUCCACGUGUCUCUAUCCUUCCCGCGCUCACUCACGUAUUCCCUUCUGUUCCUCCCGUAUCCAUCCCUUGCCUCUCUCCCCCCGCGCCUCACUGCGCAUCCCCCACCAGCGGCGGGCGGGUCAUCUCAGCCGCCUCCCCCUCCGCCCGCGGCAGCGGGAGGGGGCAGGCACGAGGGCAGGAGCAGCGGGUUUUCGGAAGGAGGACGGGGCAGGGAGGGCGGGUACGGGGGCGGAGGGGGGUACAACGAUGGGUACGGGGCGAGGGGGGGCAGCGGGUUCAGUGGCGGCUAUGGCGGUGGUCCUGGGUACGGGGGCGGAGGUGGGGGCAGGGGUGGGGGCGGAGGCUAUGGGGGAGGGGACAGAUAUGGAGGAGGGGGGGGCGGAGGCGGGGGUUUUGGAGCUCCCUAUGCGGCGCCUAGGGGACUUCCUCCGUACCUUUCGGACCCGCGUGGCAAGGGCCCGCCUCCUCUGCCACCGGGUGGCGGAGUGCCAACGACCAUCAUAGUGGCGGUGCCGGACGACCAUGUGGGCGCUGUUGUGGGCAAGGGCGGCAAGUCGCUGCAUGAGAUCCAGCAGUCGGCGGGGGUGCGCAUGCUCAUAUCUGACCGCAACGAUUACGUUGAAGGCACCAGGAACAGGAAGGUGACAAUAACGGGUCCAUCGGAGGGGGUGGUAGCAGCGCAGCACCUGAUAGCGCAGAAGGUGCAGCAGAGCAUCGCCUCUGCCUCGGGGGACCGCCUCCUCUCCGCCCCCGACCGCCUCCCCAGCACUGUCGACCGCCUCCCCCCUGCUCCCCCCAGGGGCUUUGACGCCGGUGCAAGGGGCUUUGACAGCGGUGCGAGGGGGUUUGAUAGCGGUCCGCGGGGGUUUGACAGUGGUGGUGGGCGCGGGGGCGGUGGGGACAGGCUGGCUGCUGUGAUUGUGUUGGUGGGGCUGACUUAUGGUGGCCACCUUUGGUGGGCCAAUUUCAUCCGAAAAUAG